UUGGGCGAUCCUCCACAAGGGAAAGCUUGCAGAGUCUUUUGUGGAACGUUCAGCCCAGGUCUGUCCAGCAUGGAUGCUGCGCAGCAAGAAGCCGCCGUCUUGUACGUGGUGCAGUCCGGCGCGCUGAUGAUGGAGUACUUGCGCGCCCGUGGAGAAGCCUCUUCAGCAGCAGCCUCCCGGCGCCGGUGGGCUUUCCUGCGCUCCCUGAGGCGGAGGGGAGGGGAGGAGGAAGGCGAGGAGGAACCCGAGGAAGAGGAGGAGGAGGAGGAGGCGGAGGAAGAGGAGGAAGAGGAGGAUGGGGAAGAGGACGAGGCCUUCCUCGCGAGGCAGACCUCCGGUGCCGGCCCUAGGCGGGGGGGCCGCCUCCGUUCGGUGGAGAGGCGGUUCUGGGCCCGGCCCCGGAGCACCGAAUGGUGGGACCGCACGGUCCUGGAGACCUGGGACGACGGGAAGUGGCUGCAGAAUUUCCGGAUGCGCAAGGCGACGUUCCUGGAGCUCUGCGCCCGGCUGUCUCCCGCCCUGCAGCGCCAGAAGACGCGGAUGAGGAUCCCCCUGAGCGUGGAGAAGCGGGUGGCCAUCGCCCUCUGGAAGCUGGCCACCUCCGUCUGCUACCGCGACGUGGGCAACCAGUUUGGGGUGGGCAGGUCCACCGCCGGCUCCGUGGUGCUGGAAGUCUGCCGCGCCAUCCAGAGGGUGCUGAUGCGCUCCACGGUGAACGUGGGGACCAGCCUGGCGGACAUCCUGCGGGGCUUCGAGGGGAGGGGCUUCCCCAACUGCGCGGGGGUGGUGGGCACCACGCACAUGCCGAUCUUGUGCCCCCCGCACCAAGCGUCGGAGUACGUCAACAGCAAAGGCUACUACUCGAUGGCCUUGCAAGCCUUGGUGGACCACCGGGGCAAGUUCACCCAUCUGAGCGCCGGGUGGCCGGGGAAGACUCACGAGGCCAAGAUCUUCAACAAGUCCACCCUGUUCACCAAAGGGCAGGAAGGGACCCUCUUUGCCCCGGGCCCCGUGGAGAUAAACGGGGUAUCCAUCCCCCGAGUCAUCCUGGGAGGACCGGCCUACCCUCUCCUGCCAUGGCUGAUGGUCCCUUACACUGAAGACCUAGACGAGGCCAGGGAAUACUUCAAUGCCACUUUGAGCCGAUGCCAAGAACCUCUGGAGGAGGCCUUCAGCCGGCUGAAGGGCCGGUGGCGCUGCCUGACGGGCCGCAACGAUUGUGCGGUGGAGAACCUCCCGCGCCUCAUCUCGGCCUGCUGCGUCCUGCACAACAUCUGCGAGGAGAGAGGGGAGGCCUACGAGGACAAGUGGGAAGCCGAGGCCAGGCAGCUGGCCGCCACCUUCGAACAGCCCCUCCAGCGCCCCGACACGCGCAUUAAACCCGCCGCGCGGUCGGAAAAGGUGAGGGAGGCCCUCUGCCUGCACGUGGCCAGCCAGAGGUGAGCGGCAGAGGGAGGCAGCUGCAAGAGCUUUGGGGGGAACUUGGGGAGACCCGGCGGGCACCGAGACUUCGCACCCUGCGCACAGCCCGGCGUCCACCUCGAAGUGGCACCAAAGGCGUUUGUGUAGCGUUCAGCCGGUGGAUUGUCUUCUUGCAGCUGAUUUUGCUGUGAAGGUCCCGGGUAGGGAAUUCAGUGUGUGUGCCCUUGCUAUCAUCGUGGAAAAAUAAACCUGCGUGUGCACGUGUAA